AUGUGUUUGCUCGAGAUGCACAACAUCUGCAGAACGGACGCCAUAUGCCCACCUAGAAGACUCCAUCCCAACUCAGCUCUGCAUGAUGCUCCCUUGUCCCCGGACCCCCCCCUCCCGCAGACCGCGGCCCGCCGGGAGGCACAGGCACACCCCCGCAAGCUGUUCGAGCACGACUGGGUGGAAUGGCUCACCACCUCCUCCCGGGCGGCCAGCGACGAGGGGCUCCGCCAAGUGAUCGCUUUCGUCCUCGACCGGGGGAUGAUCGACCCGAGGCCCGAGGCCAGGCCGCAGACCGUGGAGGCUGCGAAGGAGCUUCUCCAACAGGCGCUCGCGAUCUACGAGGUGGCGGCGGCAUCGGAGGAGGGUACCGAGCAGGACGACGCGUAGGUUGUCCAGAUCUACAAACAUUGCAUGGGAGCACGGAAAUGAGAGGACUGGAAAGGGGGGAGAGGAAAGGAGGGAGGAACGGCAGAGACCCGUUGUGAUAAAGAGUUUUGGGGGAGAAAUGUGGCACAGAGGUAGGGGUGACGCGGAAUGGUGCCCAGGCCGCAGGUCGUAGAGGCCGCAGGCCAUGGAGGCCGCGAGCGGUGUUGAGGAGGCGAAGAAGAACGAGGUAGCGAAAACUAAUGUUGCUACACAUCAAUAUAGAAAACAAAUAUCAAAGACCAAGCGGGGGAUGGUGGUAGAGGGACGGAGGAGUGGCGACUUGCUUUGGCAGAGGGCGUUGGAGGAGAUGGAGGAGAUGGUUGUGUAGGGAGGGACGGAGGAGGGGAGACGGGAGGGGAGGUGAUGCGGAUUGAUUGUACGAAGAUAAGGGGGAUGGUAUCUUCAAGAACACGACAUGUGUUGGCCGUGAUGUUGUCAGAAAGACAGUUUGCUACCCAUACGGCCGCUGACGGUGUGGGAGGUUAAUGUUGACCCCCCAUUCACCGCCUGAGAUGUGGGCAGCGCUUUUCCGCUGCUACAGGCUUCUGACUGUGGUGUAUGACUACGCCUCCAACGGCGUGUAGUGCAUUUGCUGUUCUGGGUCUCUCCCAGUGCAGGAUUGCUCGAACGAGGGAACGCAUUGACUGUCUUGGUCUUCCGUACUUGGACUCUAUGUAUGUACUUGUUUGAGGUGUUGAUGCGCUCCGAUGUGGGGUUUCGAGAGGCACCGUCAAUUGGUUUUUCUUGUAUAGGCCGCCAAGGCGAGGACGGUGAUGGGUGUAGCUAGACCUACCGGAGGCGCCCAUUUGGCAAAUUCUUGGAUCGGAUGUGCUUUGUUUAUCCUAGGAUGGGGAUGUCUCGAAAGGAGUGGUCGGUGCGUUUGCUGUCCUUGCGCCUUUCGUGGUUCAGCAUUCCUCGAUACGAUGGGAUUUAUUUAUCGCUCUUACAUGUACACUCAGGCUGUUCGAGGUCCGAGGAGGGAGCUUUUGCUUCAUGGAGAGAGCGUCAGGUAGACGAGGCGUUAUAACAGGCCGCGAUGCCGACUGUUUGCGUGUUACACUGGAUGUUUAUGGAGAUGCGCGUGUUUUAGAGGCAAACGUGAGCUUGACGAGAAUAAUUUACCCACCACGCCAAUGAUGCAUGCAAUCUAUUGAGAUCGAGUGCAAGGGUUGACGGGUGGGGUAGGUAGGAGAUGGCACACUAUAUAUACCGGUUGUGGUCUCAAGACGGAACACGUUGGCAUGUGAAUCGUUUAGGAGGCCCGGUAGGAUACCGUGCUGUCAAAUAGUGUAGACUCUGCGUGUCGUUGUGGUGGUCCGUGUACGGUAGUCGCCUUUGAAGCAAGUUGUUUCGGGAGUCGCGAAUACGAAAUGGGUCGGGCGGUGGCGCGUUCGAUUCAAAUCGGCGAUUUUGCUGAGAUGUAGAGUGCUUGCUUCUGUGUGUGCGUGAGGUCUGUAUCUACUUCGAGCGCUUGUUUCAUCCCGUGCUUCAAAGCGGGUAUCUCAAACGCUUUUUUUUGUGACAACGCGGUUGUACGGCAUGGUUAUCACGGGCGUCGUGAAGACCCCGAGGAGUCGAACGGUGGCACGUUCAGCUCAAGGUGUUGACUGCUCGGGAAUGGCAUUGCGUGUGUCUUUGGUGCGUCCUUUGUGGGUGUCUUCCGCCGUUUUAUUGUUUUUCGACUUUCGUCUCGUGCGUGCACGUUU